UCUCCUGCGACUCGAGCGUGCUGGCUGUGGUCUAUGAGCGGUGCCGUGUAGUGAGUCGCACGGAAACAUUGUGGAGAGUGGGAGAUACAUGGGAGCUCAGAGGGGGUAAAACGCAGCAUUUGACACAGCCAACGCGGACUGAAAAUGACGGUUUGCAGCUUUUUUCUUCAGGGCCGUUGUCGUUAUGGUGACAAAUGUUGGAAUGAGCACCCGAGAGGAGGAAGCAGAGGUGGUAGUGGAGGAGGAGGAGGAUACAACAACUACAGCCGCUCCUCUGGUCAGCAGCAAUCCAGAGGAGGUGGAGGGUUUGGAAACAGAGUUUGGGUGAAUCCUGACCACCAAAAAGGAAGCUACAUCCAACCUUUAUCCUUAUCAUCUCAUGGAAGUGAUGAUUGGGGCCGAGGAGGACGCGGAGGAACUGACUGGGGAAGAGAAGGUGGGGGGGUAGGGGGGGAUGACUGGGGCCGUGGAGGAGGAGGGAAUGACUGGGGCAGUGGAGUUGGAGGCAGAAGAGAUAAUGUGAAGAGCUCCGAAUUCAGCUUCUCUGCUCAAAACAGAUUUUCAGCGCUUGAUACUCCCAGCUUCUUUGACAGGGGAGGAAGAGGAGGAGGAGGAACAGCUGGUGAUGAGGAUGAUGUCAAGAAAUUGGAGAUCAUUCAGAUGGACAUGGAGAUUUGGGAGAGUUCACAGCAGUGGUGCCUCUCGUGUUAUUCUAGCACCAAGACCCCUUUAUCUGGUUUCACCGAUCUCUCUCCAGAAGAGCUCAGGCUGGAGUAUUACUCAACAAGAGCCUCGGGGGAUCUACAGGGCUAUGUGAAUGGUGUUAAUCAGUUGCUCAACCAGUGGAAAACCAGAGUGCAGGACCUGAAGAUUAUGAAUCCAGCCACCCGCACAGCUUUGCUCGCAGAGUUAAACAACCCAGCACCUCAGGCGUCUUCAACUGGCUUUGGUUCAAUGACAACGACUGGAUUUGGAUCCUCUACAUCUGAAGUUGGAAACAAAGGCAUUGGAGCCCCAGCUCCAGUGCAGAGCAGCGGUUUCAGCUUUUCUGCUGCAAGUGGUGGAUUUGGUUCCUCGGCUGCACCAUCAUCUUCAGCAGGUUUCGGUAAUGCCAUAGCAGCUCCGACACAACCUCCCUCUGGAUUUGGUUCCUCCUCUGCUCCCUCAGCUUCAUCCUUCUCCUUCGCUGUGCCGACCACCAACAAACCAGCUGCCAAUUCGGGAUUUGGGUCUGCCUCUGGGUUCAGCUUCUCGUCUACGGCGAACACCGCAGGAGGAUUUGGAAGUGGUUUUGGUGUUGAAGCACCUUCUGCACCAGGAAGCGGCAGCGUUUUUAGAAAGAUGACUGGAGGAUUUGGGACAACUGCUGCUCCACAUGCAGGUGGAGCCGGGUCUGCCGGCGGCUCGUCGGACAGUCUGUUUUCACCUGAGAGCAAUCUGACUCCAGAGGAACUGAAUCAGUUCAAGGCAAAAAGGUUCAUUCUUGGUCAGAUUCCUUUAAAACCUCCUCCAGCUGACAUGCUGGUAGUAUAAUGUGUGGAAAGUUUUCAAAAAAAUUUAAAUCAAAAGAUACAGUAUAAUUUAUAAAAAAAAAUUUGCAUAGAGCUUUUGUUCAACCUAAUUCAUACGAUGUUUUUUUUAAAACGGCAGGUGUUAAAAUACUUACAACUUUUAAACAUGUUUAGGUUCCAUUUAAGAUUUUUGUGUAUGUCCAAAGUAUACAUCGUGUACAACUGCACAGUAGACCAUAUAUGGAUUUUUGGAUUGUGUUUCGUUAUAAAGGACUUCUGGGUUAUGGAAUGUCUUGAAAUAUGUAGUUUGAAUGCUGUGAAGCAAUUUUGGCUUUUACCAUCUGUUGAGAUGAAAAGUUGAUGAGGAAGAAUUCUGAGUGUGAGUAAAGGUAUACUGAACUCAAGCUCAACAAAACUUGCAUUGAACUGGGUUGGAAACUUUAAUUUGCACAAUACUAACCUCAGACAUAAUGCCCAUGAGAAAAUAUCAGUAAUUUUUACUGACAUUCAUCAGGGGAGUUGCUUUUGUAAAGCUUGUAAUUGCACAUCUCCGCCAGGCGAGCGUGUCGAAAUACAAGCCCCAAAACACCUCAACAUUUUUUAACAGUUAAGCGAUUCACAAAGAGAUACUAGACAAGUGUAAAUAACUACUUAAGGGCUAAUUUGAAAAGGAAAGGAAGUAUGUUUUCUGCCUCUGUUUAUGUUUUUACUCAGAUUGUAAUGUGACAAACUAUUGAAAUAACUGAUCCAACGCUUAUGAGUCCAGAACCAUUAAAUCACAAUAGCUUAUAGGUCGUCAUCCAGUAAAAGAGAGGAAUUUGUGGUGGUUUCCAGAUCAUAAUGAACGAAUAAGCUAUCCAAUGCAUAUAUUCAUUAGGUGUUCACAAGGAGAGGAAUACAGCGACAAAGAGAUACCAAUAAGCUUUUCUGCUGCCUUAGAGGCCACAGCCCUGCUGACUGGGGCAUAUUUUCAAAUGAAAGGGAGUUUGUGAUAUCAGCAAGAGAUGCAAUUGAGCUGUGUGUGUUUUCGUGAGUCAAAUCUCAAGUUCAUAUUUCAUGUCCUGGUUAAAAGCACAGUGCACAUUACUAAUAAAAUGUUGUACAAACCUA